UCGUCAUCGUGCGUAUCUAAAACAUCUUCAAAUCUAUCUUUGACCGUCGUACUCUCUCUCUCUCUCUCUCUCUUUUUAAUUUUGGCUCAUCAUCACCCUUCGCCUUUUCGCCGCUGUUGCAGACUCUGCUCAAAACACACAAACACAGCAACAGCCACCACACUUUCACUCACCCACUUACAAUAUCUCCAUUUUGCCCCUUCUUUCCCCUUCAGCAUAAAACCAUCUCUAUAAAUAUUCAUUCAUUAAACAUAGCAGACAGUAGCAGCACACACACUUAUCUUCUUCUUCCUCUGAUUCCAUUCAUCAUUCAUUACUCUGAUCCGACGGCUGCGAUCUUCUCGUUUCUCCAAUCGUACGGCCAGGGGUCCUUUGUCUGCCUCACUCACCUUCCCAACUUUCUCUCUCUACUUAGAGAGUAGCUUCUCUGGAACACCGAGUAUGGAGUCCAACGGUCAUGUUAGAGUAAAGAGAAAUGAUAUUAUUAAAGAAAAUGGUCAUUCCCAUUUGUCAAAUAAUGAUGAUGAACAUGAUCCAUGGACUGCAUGGGCAUACAAGCCUCGCACCAUCACAUUGUUACUUAUUGGCGCUUGCUUUCUUAUUUGGGCAAGUGGAGCACUUGAUCCAGAAAGAGAUGCAUCUGGGGAUCUAGUUACUUCUGUUAAAAGGGGUGUAUGGGCAAUGAUUGCUGUUUUUCUUGCUUAUUGCCUGCUGCAAGCUCCUUCUACGGUUCUUAUUAGGCCACAUCCUGCAAUUUGGCGCUUGGUUCAUGGCAUGGCUGUUGUAUACCUAGUUGCCCUCACAUUUUUGCUUUUUCAGAAGCGUGAUGACGCUCGACAGUUUAUGAAGUUUCUUCAUCCUGAUCUUGGUGUUGAACUUCCAGAGAGAUCUUAUGGCGCUGACUGUCGUAUAUAUCUGCCUGAAAACCCUGCAAGCAGGUUUAAGAAUGUUUAUGAGACACUUUUUGAUGAAUUUGUUUUAGCUCAUGUUAUUGGAUGGUGGGGGAAGGCAAUAUUGAUUCGUAAUCAGCCCCUUCUUUGGGUGUUAUCAAUUGGUUUUGAGUUGGUGGAGUAUACUUUUCGUCACAUGUUGCCAAAUUUCAAUGAGUGCUGGUGGGACAGUAUUAUUCUUGACAUUUUGAUCUGCAAUUGGUUUGGAAUUUGGGCAGGAAUGCAUACUGUUAGAUAUUUUGAUGGGAAAACAUACAAAUGGGUUGGUCUAAGCCAGCAGCCUAAUAUAAUAGGAAAAGUGAAACGAACAUUAGGCCAAUUCACACCAGCUCAGUGGGACAAAGACGAGUGGCAUCCAUUGCUUGGUCCUUGGCGUUUCAUUCAAGUUCUUAGUCUUUGCAUUGUAUUUUUGACAGUAGAGCUCAACACAUUCUUUUUGAAGUUUUGUCUCUGGAUACCUCCUCGAAAUUCGGUUGUUAUAUAUAGGUUGAUUUUGUGGUGGCUACUUGCGAUUCCAACAAUUCGUGAGUACAACUCAUACCUUCAAGACAGAAAGCCAGUGAAAAAGGUCGGAGCAUAUUGUUGGCUCUCUCUUGCCAUUUGCAUUGUGGAACUUCUGAUUUGCAUUAAGUUUGGACACGGCUUGUAUCCAAAAUCAAUGCCUAUAUGGCUGGUAAUAUUCUGGUCAGGUGUUGGAGUGACCAUUUUUACAUUUUUGCUUUUGUGGUCUUGGCAACUCCAUCGCACUUUAGGGAACAAAAAGAGACGAUAAUUUCACAAUUGCAGCAGUUGCAAUGCUGCAUUAUUCUUUGAUUGAUUCCUUCCUCAUUUUUAUGGGUACCAAUCCAUAGCCAUACACAUGGUGUAAAUACAUCAACCUCAUAAUUAAUUGUAAAUGAAUAUUAAUUUCUCCUAGCUUAGUAUAGUGGAACAGAUCACAGUUUCUUUGGGCGGCAAAUUUAUAGUUCCAGCUGGUAGAGAGGUGUACUUAUUAUUAUUAUUUAUGAGGCCUGCUUCUGUUCUGAAUAGGUUUUCACCAUUGGUAAAUUGCCCAAUUUCUUCGCCUCCAUCGGAAUGAAUCAUUUUGAAACGUGUAUCCAGCCAUUUCAAGGAAAUUUUGAGUGAAGAAUGCUUUUGCUUCAUAAACUGUGUCCAAAUGUUAUAUUAUAAUGUUGCUGCCUUGCUUGUC